GAGACUCUGCACUGCUCUCCACACCUCCUGCGCUCCCGACUCUCCCCUGCUCCUCUCCCCUGGUUUAUGGCGCCUGCCUCCUCAUCUCAGCCCUAAAUCUCCUGCGUGCAGCGCCACAAAAGGAGAGGAGGAUCUCCCCUCCUGUCGUCCCUCACCUCAGCACUCAUCGUCUUCAUCGUCUUCUGCUCUGGGCCUGUGAGAUUAUCUCCUCCACCUCAUCCAUCCCUGCCGCUGCUGCUUCCAAACCCCCCCCCCCCCUACGUCGCUGCCCCUCUCACCUCGUCCCUCGCUGUGGAACUAAGUCUUCGCCCCGGCGCCCCUGGAGUCCCUGCAGAUGUCCGCAGCCUGGCGCUGAAGCGGGCGUUUGCCAGCAGCCCAGAUGCAUUUGCGACUCUUUGCCAUUGUGAUGUCGUUGCUGUGCGAGGUGAUCAGGAUGGGGUCUGGUGUCGUGCAGAAGCAAAGUGCCCACAGAGAGACACCAGACGACUGUCGGAGCUGUCUGGAGUGUUCCCGUGACAACGGCUGCGUGCGUUGCCCCGAGCGACUCUUCCUGUUCCUGCAGAGGGAGGGGAUGUCUCACCACGGGACCUGUGUCCACGCCUGCCCGGCUGGACACUACGGACAGAGAGGGAAGGACAUCAACCGCUGCACCAAAUGCCGCUCUCUGGACUGUGAGCACUGUUUCAGCCGGGACUUCUGCACCAAGUGUAAAGCCGGCUUCCUGCUGUACAAAGGAAAGUGUCUGACGAGCUGCCCCAAGGAAACGUUCGCCCACCAAACCGACUGCAUAGACAACUGUCUCCCGGCUCCGCUGGGAGACUGGAGCGAGUGGAGCGUCUGUCUCCGUGAUGGCGCCACCUGUGGCUUCAGGUGGGGGAUGCAGACCAGGACUCGGGGGGGCAGGACGCCGGAGGAGAACGCAGCUCUGCUUUGUCCAUCGCACAGCGAGACACAAAGGUGCAGGAUGAAGAAAAAGUGUCCCACAGAAAGAAGACAGAGUAAAAAAGGACUUGGAAGAAAGAGGGAGAGAAAACUCCUGCAGCUCCUCAGCAGCAGCAGCGCCGACGCCGACUCGCCGGGAGGAAGCUGAGGAGGUGACGGACACGCGACGAGACGAGCGACGAGACGAGCGACGAGACGAGCGGCUCAGCACGACACGUGUCAGCGAUUUCAAUCUGAGACCAAAUCAGUGUUUGAGGAUGUUUCCGAUCAGACUGUUCGUUAUUAAAAACAUCAGAAAGUUGUUUACUGGAAACUCCAGUUGAUACUAUGACUAAGAAAUUCUGUGAGUAACGAUUUCCAGAGAAUGCUGGUGACUUGGUGAUCGUCAGCAAACAUCUGUCCCCCCGGAGGAUCCAGAGUUUAUCUGGUGUCCGACCACAGAGACGGAUCAGUUCCUGAUUUCGCAGUCACAGAAUAUUAAAGUUUGAUCCGUGCGUUUAUAUUUAAAAGAGAGAAAAACAACUUGUGUGAAGAACUUUUCCUUCAAAUCAAACUGUAAUUAAGUGGCUGACGUGUCUUUUUAAGGUAAAAGUUUUAUUUCCUGCUCUUCCUCUCCUCCCGUUUGCUUCUGUCAGUUUUAUAUUUAACAACAUUUCUAUGACGAAAUGGGAUUUUAUUCCACAACAUGAAUGUACGUGUCACUAAAUGUAAAUAUGGUUGAUGAGCUGACUGCAGAUCUGUAGCUUCUUGCAGACGCGUGACUUUCCGGAUUUAAAAAAGCUUGAAUUUGUAACUUUCUGUUUGUGACAUUAAGAUUGUGAGUAAAACGCUUCCUCUGU